UCCUACAUCUUACCCCCCCCCCUCACCUCUCUCUCUGUUCCCUCCCUCUCGUGUUCCAAGCUUUUUUUUAUCAGCGAUGAAAAAUCUGUCUGUAGAACUUUGUGUGUGUGUACUUCUUUAGUAGUUUACUAUUGUGUGUUUGCUUCUGCCCUUGGAUUUUUUUUUUUUAGUUCUAUACGAGGUGGGGGGGGGGCUAGUGUCUGUGGUUAGAUUAUACAAUUCUUUAGUACUAUGCUCCCUCCUACUAAGAGUGACAGUGAGGAAGACAGCGAGUAGACAACAACAUCCUGCAAGAAAGGCCUGCCUGGUGCUGAAGAAAAAAAAACAUGGAAUGUGUGGUAGGGUCUUCAUAAAACACAACUCAUGAGACUCUUAUGAAAAGGAAAACAAACAAACAAAAAAUCAAACAUAAUUGUCAGCAGCCUGAAUUAUCUAUUAAGACACAAACGCUCGCUGACAUUCAGAAGUCUCACUCAUGGCCAGACGACACCCGCCACACCACAAGCUAAAUUAACGAUUAAUGCGCCUAUUCACUGGUUGCCAUUGGAGAUGGAAGUUCCUGCCCCAGAAAUUACGUGACGAGUGUCAGCUGUAGCUGGGGAUGCCAUAGGUCAAUACAGCCAACUGCUUUUAACUUGAAAUGAUAAGCCAUUGCUCUCACAUUCCAUUUCCAUCUACAGUCGGUACCACAAUUAAAAGAUCCAUGACUUGGGGCCAGGUGGCAUUCAGGUGACUAGAGGCAUGUACUAUAUGAUGGUAUGAUGGGUAUUUCGAGACUUGCAUUUAAUUCUGCGCUCCUCGUCCAGCGAAACACAAAUGAAAGAGCUGGGCGAGAGAGAGAGAAUAGGAAAUGCAAUACAUUGCACUAAAGUACAUCCCGUUCAAGAAAGGAAUGAAGAAUAUAUUUUAGCAUAAAAUGGAUUUAUUUUUAUACACAAAUAUAUAAAUGCAGCUUAAGUAUAUACUAUUUCUGAGCAAACAGAGAGAGGAGGUAUAUUGAAAAGAUAACUCUGUGACUAAAUGAUGAUUAAAAAAGGAAAUUUCCGAUCACGUCAGCCAACCAACCUAUCCAUCCCCCUUCCAUCUGCACGAAGCACAGAAGGUUCGAGAAGCACUUGCUCUCUAGUCACAGAGGUAAAGAACUCAGUUUCAAGUUUGUCAAGCUGUGUCAGCUAUAAUGAUGGCUACAAGAGUCAGACUCAUUGAUGCCCUGGUGUUGGCAGCCACCGUUCAUGCCGGUGUGAUGUCGGCCGAUGAUUCUACAGAUAAUUGCCGUGGCGACUGUGGCAAUGAUGGAGUGUGUGAAGGAGACCAUUAUUGCAGUCUGAUUCGUGGCGAGCCUUUCUGUAGACCCUGCUCUGAUAUACGGGUGCACUACUGCCACAACCUGACUUACAUUAAAGACAAAAUUCCACAGUGUCUGUACUACUGCCGGUCAGAGAACAAAAUCAAAGUUCUGGAGCAACAGCUGGAGGCAAGGAAGACUGCGCAGACAGCAGACGUGUGGGCGAAUCCUUCAUUCCAGACUGUGUUUACGGUGCUGCUCGUGGCACUGGGUGUCGUGGCGGUCCUACUCUUCCUUUACUACCGUGAGCAUCGCAGGAAAACAGCUAGCACAGAAAAGGAAAGCCAGCCCUUAAUGCAACCAAACAGUGACACGAGCGAGAAAGUUGUAGUUGACACAGAGAUGCUCUUCAGUUCACCUGUUUCCCGUCCUCCCACCCAAUCUGAUGUCGUGUACGAGACAACAUCAAGCAAUACUUCUCUGAAGUCGACAUCAACUGAUAACGGAUCGCAUGCCCUGGCCGUCCAGCACAGAACCUCUGAAGAAGAUCUCAACCUCAACCCUCACAGUAGUGACCAUGCCGGCUGCAAGCAAGAGACCGGAAGAGAAGACAUCUUGUGUGACGUCACUACCUGUCCCAGCGCUCGUAGGGUCGUCCAGAGCGGGGUUGUCACGGUUGUGAACAAUCCAACGAGCGAGGACUGCAAGUGUAACAGGAAUGUUGUGACCAAUGUGUCCAGACACAAUGGAGACGAUGUAUAAUGGCGGACGACGGCCACAUCCGCUUCCCAAACAUGAAGUUAGGUACCGAAGUCAGAUGAAGAGCGGUCCCAAACCCUCCCCUACAAGUCUCGUCCUCCACAGUCCGGGUGUGUAGCUGCUUCAUAGCUGUAAUGGGCGCUCGUCGUGUAACACAUGAAAUACAAAGAUUUUUGCUAAAAGGCUCGACUUGUCAUUCCCUAAAUAACAAACAGCACGAUACCAGCGACAGCGCAUGCUCUUGCGGGAUGCAGAAAUAUCAUAGACCUUGUGGUGUUGGUGUCAUCUGUUAUUGUAGACGACCAGUAAUAGCGGAAGAAUGCUGCUUAUUGCCAUUUUAUCGACAAACUGGGUUUUUAAUGUAAGUCAAGUUUGUUAUACUAUGUAAGACAAGGAACAACGUUUGAUGACAAGACAAUGUGAAUAAAUGAGUGGUCGUCGUCCCAUGAAGAUGGUGUGGGCGGAACAUAGACCCGACACUCAGGUUGUGUGUUAUGCUGACACCAAUACAUGUGGAGAUGACAAUGUGUGCGCUGUCGAUUGUAUUAAAUAAAAAGAUGGCUAGAACUAAAAAUUCUGUUGCUGUGUCCUUCACUUAUGGCGAGAUAUUAAAUUUGAUCUUGCGUUUCAAACGUUUCUAAAGCUGGGUCUUAUUUAUCAUUCUGCUAUAUAUAUAGACAAACAUCUAGAUUUUGACCUUACAUACACAUUUUAUAGACAAAUCGAUACUUUGACCGUAGAUAUCUUCCUCCUCCUCUUUCUGUCUUUUUCUUUCCAGUCUUUAGUUUCUUUCCUUCCCCACCUCACCCAACUAGCUGCUCAAAUCGUUUCUAAAUGCUGUUUUAGCACAUAUGUAACCGAAAGGCCCUCUACACAUACAUAAAGUUGCACGAGCACACUUCUAUCAGCAGGCAUCUACAAAUUCAUUAUCCGUCAUUCAAAUCAUUACUCCUCUCUCUCACACACACACACCCACAGUGAAUGAAAGUUGAGUACCCAGAGAAAACCAGCGAUAGUCUGCCAGACAUGUCGGAGCCGAGAGGGAAGGUAGGAGUACACGCGGUGCGGACUGCUAGCGGACAUUCGUCUCAAAUUAGUACAAUUUGGACUUGUGGACAUCACAGGCACUGCCGAAUAGCCUGGCAAUAAAACGUCUUCCUCACCCGACCAGUACUUGGUGUAGGGUCUUAGCGCUGAGGUGAAACGACUUCUAUCUGAACAUACUGUCAGGGUUAGGACUGAGCGUAUUCUCCACAAACAAACAAAACAACAAUAUAUAAAGGAGAGAAAAAUGAACAGCGCAAAUGACACAAACAUAAAAACAACUCAUACUGACAGUAUGUGCACAUAGAAGUCGUUUCACCUCAGCGCUCAGACCCUUUACAAAGUCGGGUGAGGAAGACGUUUUAUUGCCAGGCUAGUCGGCAGUGCUUGUGAUGCCCACCCCUCCUUUUGUCCGGGUAGUAAUUGAAGACGACUGGCCGGUGGCAGUCCACACCGCGUGAACUCCUACCUUCCCUCGCACGGGCGAUACCACUAAUUUUCCCCAGGUGGGACGAUAUCGGACUUUACAUGGUUAAUAAUAAUUGUAUACAUUGUAAUCUGUCCUGUCGGUUGUGUUUGCACACGCGGGUGAAAGUGUUUACCAGAACGUACGCGUGUGGACGUGUGAACAGGCGGGUGAGAGGGCGCAAGUCGGGUGAAGCGAGCCAGCUGAAGUGACCCGUUUCCCCUCGGGCGUGCAUGUUAGACCCGUCCUCCUCGCCACCUCUUGCGUCACACAAGUAGUUCUCAAGCUCUGGAGGUAACACACACUUAAACAAUAUCAAAGUACAAGAUGACUGACACACAGAAACAGACGAUGUCCAAGCGGAUGACUUUAGCUGUUGCCAUGGUACUUAUAGUACUAGCUGAAGGCCAGGAUGCAUGCAUCGAACAUAAAGACUGUACUCGGGGAUACUACUGCACGAAUAAAAGGUGUGAUCCGUGCGAACAUUUAUUAGCUUUUUGUGAGGACAUCACACUUAUGCUACAGGAAUAUCCAUCGUGUCUACAGACAUGUGAUGAUUAUAAACGAAACGAACAAAUGAAAGCAUUGGAGCAGAUUAAGAAUUUGACAGAGAAACUGGAGAUCACCACCAAGCAGUUACAUGAAGCAGUGCAAAUCAAUGCAGUUCUGAAUAAAAGUAUUUCGACACUGAAGUACAAAGUCGAAACUGAGAUUAAGAAUAUUACAGAGCAGCUGACGAACACCAUCAACCAGUUACAGGAAAAAGUACAAAGGAAUGCAGUUCUCAAUAAAAGUAUUUCGACACUGAAGUACAAAGGCGAAACUGAGAUUAAGAAUAUUACAGAGCAACUGACGAACACCACCAACCAGUUACAGGAAAAAGAGAAACACAACGAUGAAAUGGCUACACAACUAAGAAAGGAACGCAUCGCAUUUUCCGUUUCAUUGGGUAUCUUGUUGAUCAUCUUGUUGAUCAUCCUCUGUAGAGCUGUUUGGUAUAUCAUCAAGUUGCGUCGCAGCUGUGCAGAGAAUAGAAGAAACCCGGAACCUGUGCCCAUGGAGAACACAAGUCUACCUGACCAUCUACCCCAGCAAAAUGGAUCUUACAGGCUCUUACUUCAGAAAGACGAGUCGGCUCUUAGCGCCAACGGUUGCCUGGCCAAAGAAGCCCAACAGAAAAAUGUGUCCGAGGCAGCAUCUCCUCUUCUCGUGGAUCAGCUGUCUUUCCCUUCCAAUGGCAUUAAACACCAACCUUCCAAUGGAGAAACUAAGAACUCAUAAGAAUGCGCCGCUGACCUGCCUUCAGAAACUAGUCCCGUGCCUUCACCUUUGUGUAUAAUCGGGAGAAGUUUAAAAUGUGGCCUUCCAAAAAUAAUCAAAUGUUUUACACAUAUAAAUAGGUUUUAUGGGGUUUCGACUGCUCUAUAUUCAUAGACAAUGGCAUAGCAGUCCUUUUCAUUCGACCAAGAAUAGUAAAUAGAGCAAGAUGGGUUAUAACACGAAGUCACCGGGUAUUUAGCAUCUUUGGUUCGACGAUCAGAGCUCGGAAUAAUCCUACAAUCGCACUCUUUAGGAGUGAAUACAACUUUCUCUCUCUCUCUCACACAAACACAAGCUUUCCUUUAACCCUUCAACAUCUUUCCUUAUUAUAGAAAUUACUACACGAGCUGAACUGUGAUACGGGUCGAUCUUUGACAAUGUGAUUAAAUUGCAUUUUAAAGUUGUUUACUUUUAUAUUUAAUUUAGCUCAGUGAUGCCCAACCUUUUUCGGCCUGCGGGCCAUAUCCAUUUCGGACAGCCGUGUCGCGGGCCACUUCACCGCAAAAAUACAAA